UGGGGACUGUUUUAGCUGCUGCACUAUUAGAGGUUGCAUGUGAGAACGGAGUGAGCUGUGGGGAAAGGGCAAUUGUUUGUUUUUAAUGUCUUGAUAGUGUUAUAUUUAGAUAGGGUGUUGACGGAGUUGUCUGGUGACAGGUCACUAACUUCCUCCUCAUGGCACGGGUGCUGAAAAUCUUGCAGACCUUGAGAAAUCACUGGAAGAAGUCUGUAUUCGGGGUCUGUGUGGUAUCCUACGGUGGACACUGGCUCUAUGGAAAACACUGCGACAAUCUUUUGCGGCGGGCAGCCUGUCAGGAAGCCCGGGAGUAUGGUCACCAGGGGAUUCCUGCACAUGUUCAAGUUAAAAAAGCCACUGUGAUUCUCAACCCUGCAGCUUGCAGCGGAAAAGCCACCAGCCUGUUUGAGAAAAAUGCAGCCCCCAUUCUGCACUUGGGUGGCAUGGAGGUUACGCUUGUAAAGACAGACUAUGAAGGCCAGGCAAAAAAGCUGAUGGACCUGAUGGAACAUACUGAUCUCCUCAUUGUGGCAGGGGGAGAUGGGACACUACAGGAGGUGAUAACUGGCCUUCUUCGGAGAGCUGAUCAGGCUUCCUUCAGUAAAACGCCAAUUGGUUUCAUUCCCCUGGGUACCCAUAAUUCCCUGAGUCACGUUCUGCACCCUCACAGUGACAACAGAGUGAAACACAUCACUGAGGCUGCUCUCUCAAUCCUGAAGGGAGAAACUGUCCCUCUCGACGUGCUUCAGAUAAAGGGGGAGAGAGACCAGCCUGUUUUUGCAUUGACUGGGUUGAGGUGGGGAGCAUACAGAGAUGUAACAGCCAACGUUAGCAAAUAUUGGUACCUUGGUCCUUUAAAAACAAAGGCAGCUCAUCUUUUCAGUACAUUGAAGGAGUGGCCACAAAGUCAUGAAGCCACUUUGACCUACCAAGGCCCUACUCCUCGACCCCCAGAAGAGUCCACCGACACCCCUGUCCGUCCGCCACUGCUCACCCGAAUAUUCAGCAGGCUGGCACUUUACUGGGCACCUCCCAAGGAAGAGCUUCCACAGGAGGAGGAGCCAGAGCCCUGGGAGAAGAUGGAUGUCUCUGCUGUGGAGCUGUCGAUCAGUACUCAGAACAAAAACCCGGACCUCAGGCGCACAGAAGACGCUUUGGUGGUGUGUGUGGAGCCUGACACACUCAGCAAAGGGGAAUUCAUUUCUACUGGGAGCACAAAGAUGAAAGACCCGUCCACGUGUUCACAGAGUGGUGUCCAGUUACUGGCAAGUCGCUGCCAACUCAGUCUGCCAGAGGAGGGAGCUGGUUUCUACAGCAUCGACAAUGAGGAGUACGAGGCCUUGCCAGUGGAGGUCAUGUUGUUACCACGGAAACUCCAGUUCUUCUGCAGCCCAGCCAGCAAAAAGGAGAUGCUAAAGGAUCCCCAGUGAGGGCACAGACAAGAGAGAGAGGCAUUUUUACACUGCUCAGGCCUCACAGCAUGAUUUUACGUGGGGGAAAAAAGAGACACAAUUAACAAGUAUGUUAACAGUACAUCUCUGUGCUCCUAUAGGUUUAUUUACAGCACACUCAAGUAAUACUUUUGGUUCUUGUACACCAGUCCAGCUUUCCUCCUGCUGUCUUAAAAGCUUAAGACAAGCAAGAAACAAAACAUUUAAAUAAAAUAACAGGCUCCUGCUGUUUUUUAUUUCCCAGAGAUAUUUCUGCACAGGUACAUGCUCUGUCAAUUUUUGAUAUCUGUCAAAACAGAAAACUGAAAGAGCACCAUUCACUGUAAAUAUUAUGUGAAGCUGGAAAAGUACAGUGCCUCCCUAGAUUCGGAGGCACUGCGUCUCAGCUGAGUGUGUUCUCUGACACGGAACAGUAGCCAUCUCCAGAGUGAGCUGCCAGCUGUUGCAUUUUAGAGCGUCUCAGCUGAAAUGUUGAAGUUUCUUCUCUUCCUCUGCUCUCCAGGGAUGUUUAUUUGUGGCUGAAAAAGGCAAUGCUGAACCAUUUGAGAAAUGCAACAGAACAUAAUCAUCACUUUUAUUAACUGCUUAUUCAAUUCAGAAUCACAGUGGCCCAGAGCCUAUCCCAACAAGCAUGAGGCAUAGGGCAGGAUACACCCUGGAUGUGAUGCCAGUCCAUUGCAGGGCAUACAGCAAAACAUUUCUCUGGAAUAAAUCCUGUGUUUGAACCAUAGCACUUGGGCACAACAUUCUCCAUUUCCUGUCUUAUUUCAACUCAAGCCCAACUUGACUUGAAUUGGUAGUCAGAUGUAAUUGAAAUCGGUUACCUUUUCAUUGGAAAACUGCAACUUCAAAUGUAAACUUUGUCAAGUUAAUGUGAUGUCUUAUGUUUAUAUCAUGACUAUUAAAUAGUUCAUUUAAAAUA